UAAAGGAAUCGCAGGUGGGUGUCCUUCAACCGUGUCUGUCUCCUGUCUCUGUGGUGGAUGCUGGCUUCUGGCAUGAGGAAGCCAAGGAGUUGAGGUCUGAGAAGCUUUAGCUUCUUGAUACCAGUUUCCCAGUAACAAACCUCAAGAACUGGUAAUUAACCAAAACUUCAGUGUGAGCCCAGCUUGAGGCCACCUGGGCUUUUAACAAUUUGUAACCUCUAUCUGCCUUGUGAAGUUCAGGGAUACAAAGGUUUAAAAAACCAAUAUUUACAUAUGAAUGUAACUUAGAGAAACAGGGAUAGAGGAUGAGUGCUUUUGGUUUUAACCCCAUAUAUGCUGGGUUUAAUGUAGGGGAACUGAUAUCGGGGCCGGCAUCAAUUCUAGACUUUUUCCUUCAUUCCAGAACUGUUGGGGCAAUUAACCAGAAGGCUAAUUAAAGUGAUUAAGCAAUUAAAAAAAAAUUAAUUGCUUCAGAGAAAACAUGAGCAAUAUUGUCCUUAAUUCCUAAUUUACUUCUUUAAACUGUUCUCCAAAAAUAAAAUUGGGAAAGCUUUAUGUUUUCCUGUUAUUUUUAUUGCUUUGCAUCUAGGAAAUUACGAAUGUCUGUAGCAGUGAGUGGUUCCUUGCCCUGGCAGAUCACCUGGGAAGCUUUUGAAAAGAUAUUGAUGCCUGAGUCUCAUCCCAGUCUAAUUAAAUCAAAAUCUCUAGGGGUGGUGUCCAGGCAUUAGUGUUUUUUAAAGUUCCCCGGGGUCAUUCUCUGUGCAGAGUUGAGAACUAAUGUUCUAGAGCUUCAUACUGAAAUAUUAAAACGUGGCUAAAAGGAUGGUUUUUUAGCAACAAUUGGUGUGUCUACAUCUUUUAUAGCCAGAGUGGCCGGGCCCACUAAUGACGUUUAUCCAGCCCCCAAACUUGCACUGUCUUUCCACAACCAGUGAAGGAAACAACGCCAACAUCUCUUUCUCGUCCUCGAAAUAAAUCUCUAGUUGGCCCCGGCGGCCCAGGGGCUGGGGAAUCUGAGCCUACGUUCCACCCGACACUUGGAGCUCUGGAGAGGUGCCUGGGCCUGGCCGGGAGGCUGCAGAAGGCGGGACCUGGUGAAGCAACCGUUGACCCGGGGUACUGUGGCCCCGCGAACCUGCGCUCUCAGUACGGGCCUGACCGGACAUCCGUGGUCUCCUGGGGCUCCGGCAGAGGGCAGUGACCCGCAAUCUCUGUGCGUCGUGGGCCCCUCCCCCAAGAAACAGGAGAGCCCAAGUGAUGGCUGCUGACAUGCAGAGGAAGAGAAGUGGUGAAGUCUCUGAUGGCACAUUGGCUCCUUCUGAUGGGCAGAGUGUGGAGAGAGCUGAGAGCCCCACACCAGGACUGGCACAGGGAAUGGAGCCAGGUGCCGGGCAGGAGGGUGCCAUGUUCGUCCAUGCCCGUUCCUACGAGGACUUGACUGAAUCAGAGGAUGGGGCAGCUUCUGGGGAGAGCCCCAAAGAGGGUGCUGGGGGUCCCCCACCGCUGCCUGCAGACAUGCGCCAGAUCAGCCAGGACUUCAGUGAGCUGAGCACCCAGCUGACGGGUGUGGCCCGAGACCUGCAGGAGGAGAUGCUGCCAGGAAGCUCUGAGGACUGGCCGGAGCCCCCAGGGGCGGCUGGGCGACCAGCCACAGUGCCCCCCAAGGAGGGCACAGGCAAGGUCGAUGAGGAGGAUGCUGCCGAGGCAUGGCGACUGCACCAGAAGCACGUCUUCGUGCUGAGCGAGGCCGGGAAGCCUGUGUACUCCCGCUAUGGGUCAGAGGAGGCACUUUCCAGCACCAUGGGUGUCAUGGUGGCCCUGGUGUCCUUCCUGGAGGCUGACAAGAAUGCCAUCCGUUCCAUCCAUGCAGAUGGCUACAAGGUAGUCUUCGUGCGCCGGAGCCCGCUGGUGCUGGUGGCGGUGGCCCGCACGCGACAGUCGGCUCAAGAACUGGCACAGGAGCUGCUCUACAUCUACUACCAGAUCCUGAGCCUUCUUACAGGCGCGCAGCUGAAUCACAUCUUCCAGCAGAAGCAGAACUACGACCUGCGGCGCUUGCUCUCGGGUUCGGAGCGCAUCACCGACAACCUGCUGCAGCUCAUGGCGCGAGACCCCAGCUUCCUGAUGGGAGCGGCGCGCUGUCUGCCCCUGGCGGCAGCUGUGCGUGACGCAGUGAGUGCCAGCCUGCAGCAGGCGCGUGCGCGCAGCCUCGUCUUUUCCAUCCUAUUGGCGCGCAACCAGCUCGUGGCCCUCGUGCGCCGCAAGGACCAAUUCCUGCACCCGAUCGACCUACACCUGCUCUUCAACCUCAUAAGUUCCUCCUCCUCCUUCCGUGAGGGCGAGGCUUGGACACCUGUGUGCCUGCCCAAAUUCAACGCAGCCGGCUUCUUCCAUGCACACAUCUCUUACCUGGAGCCGGACACCGAUCUCUGCUUGCUGCUCGUCUCCACCGACCGCGAGGACUUCUUUGCAGUCUCUGACUGCCGCCGCCGCUUUCAGGAGCGCUUGCGGAAGCGCGGAGCCCACCUGGCGCUGCGGGAGGCACUGCGCACGCCCUACUACAGUGUUGCCCAAGUGGGCAUCCCCGACCUACGCCACUUCCUCUAUAAGUCAAAGAGUUCGGGACUCUUCACCAGCCCUGAGAUUGAGGCCCCGUACACCAGUGAAGAUGAGCAGGAGCGGCUGCUGGGCCUCUACCAGUACCUUCAUAGCCGAGCGCACAAUGCCUCCCGCCCACUCAAGACCAUCUACUACACGGGCCCCAACGAGAACCUCCUGGCCUGGGUGACAGGCGCCUUUGAGCUAUACAUGUGCUACAGCCCCCUGGGGACCAAGGCGUCAGCUGUCAGUGCCAUCCAUAAGCUGAUGCGCUGGAUCCGCAAAGAAGAAGACCGCCUCUUCAUCCUCACGCCUCUCACCUACUGACGGGAAUGUGUGUGGGCUCAGCCCCACUAGGCAUACUGGGCCAUGGGAGCCUUCAGGUGGGGCUGGCCUCUUUUGCCCAGGCAGCAGGCAGGGACUGUGGGUUGGUGUGUGCAUUAAAGCGCUUCUGGGAAGACGCU